GGGGGGAAAGAGAGCUCAAAAAGGGGGGGAAGACUGCCUUUGUGGAUUUGCGAGCAUCGGAUGACAUUUGGACUCGAGCGCGCAAAGCACCUGUGGAUGCAACAAACACCCCCCUGAUGUUCGGACUCCAACCUCGUACAAAGAAAGGAUUCGCCGUCAGAUUGAGUUGAUAAUCGUUUCAUUCAGAGAGCAGUUUGAGAAGAGGAGAAGCGCGCCAUGCUGCUGAGAGUUUCCUUCCUGGUGGUUCCGCUGCUGAGCAUAACCGGCUGCGGCUCGUCGUACGUGCCGUGCGAGCCGUGCGACCAGAAGGCCCUGUCCAUGUGUCCGCCGGUGCCGGUGGGCUGUCAGCUGGUGAAGGAGCCCGGCUGCGGCUGCUGCCUGACGUGCGCGCUCGAAGAGGGCCAACCGUGCGGCGUGUACACCGGGCCGUGCACGCGCGGGCUCCGCUGCCUGCCCAAGAACGGCGAGGAGAAGCCGCUGCACGCGCUCCUGCACGGCCGGGGGGUGUGCAAGAACGAGAAGUUGUACAAACUGCUGCAUCCGUCAAAAGAAGGACAAUCUCGAGAUGACGCCCUGCUACGCGUGGCGGAACCGGCGCAAACCAAGGUGCCCUUAAACGGGGAACACAUCAGCAGCUGGAAGGCCUACGCCAUGAAGCAGGCCAAGGACCGCAAAAAGCAGCUGGCCAGGCUGGGACCCGCCAGCAACCUGGAUUUCUCACCGCUCAGCCUCGAUAAACUGGAGCCUGAAUUUGGGCCCUGCAGGAGAAGACUAGAUAAUCUCAUUCAGAGCAUGAAGGACACUUCUCGGGUCUUGGCUCUUUCCCUGUACAUCCCCAACUGUGACAAGAAGGGCUUCUUCAAGCGCAAACAGUGUAAGCCGUCCCGCGGUCGGAAACGGGGGAUCUGCUGGUGCGUCGACCGGUUCGGCGUCAAGAUCCCCGGCAUCAACUACGCCGGAGGGGACCUGCAGUGCAAAGACCUGGACAGCAGCAGCAACAGCAACGAAUGAGCGCCAACAGCAUUGAGCCCUGUUUCUUCUUUUUAAAAAAAGAAAAAAAAAAAUCCUGCCAAUCAAGCUAGCACACUUUAUGACUGACAAUCAGGAAUUAUUUUUUUUUUGUUGGCACAAACGCUUUUAUAUAUGGUCAGGUAUGAUGGACUGUGUUUUUUUUUGUCGUUGUUGUUUUUCUUUUUAAGGGGAGCCGAACUGAAAAGCUUGCUUAAGUGAAAAUCUGCACAUGUAGGUCUUAACUCUGGCUCCCCAAUGACUGUAUACUAUGUUGGAGGUUAGCUAACGCCUCAUCUCUUUAUAUCCUAGAUAAUAGAGACUAUAUAUAUAUAUGUAUAUAUACAUAUAUAUGUAUAAUGUGUUGUGUAUUGAGUCUAAUGCUAAUUUCUGAGACAAGACAUACUUUAAAUAUGGCUAAAUAUCAAUAUUUUUCACAUAUUUGUGCUAGUGAUGAUAAUGGUGGCCAUCUUUGAAUGCUGAGUCAGUUUUUACUGAACGGUGUCUCACUUUUGAAGGGGUUUCGUUCCUCCUCGACUGGUUCUUGUGUGAUUUUUGUAAUUUUACAUGGUAGCCAGAUAAGAAAAUCCAUCACCCGGGCAAAAGAGAGAGGUCAUUUAAUUCAAUAAUUGGACAUCCACCACCAUAUCGCGGAAUUUUGCGUAGAUUUAUUUUCAGUUAUAUGAUUAAAUACGAAGCUAGAGCUGGUUAGCUUCGCUCAGACUGGAAACAAACAGCUACCUUGGGUGUGUCCAAAUGCAACCAAAUGCGCCCGCCGGUGACUUCAGAGCUCGAUCGUUAACAAGCUACGUGCUGGUCCUUUAAUCUGACUGCAAUUUUCUGUCGUAUCCGACGAAGACAAAUCGAAACUCCGAUCUCGAGCAGUGAAAUUCAUCUCAACCAGCUGCGAAUCCUCACAGUGCACUCAGCCGUAACUGUAGCUCAUCAUUCGCCCCAACCCCUAGCGCGGCUUCGUACGCUUGUCAAAUGUUCACUGGUGAAGCAGGUUGCAUUUUUGGCAAUCAAGCCCCCGUUUUUUUUUUUGUUUUAAAAGCGAUUUAAGGCUUUGGCACCUUAACCUGUGAGUUGUCUCGUGGUUGGAUUCAUGCAUUUCAGUUGAAACCAUUAACAAGCCUGUUGUACUGUAAAAGGUUUGACUGCUUUUUAAAAAAAAAAAAAGGCCUUUUUUUCCGAGUCCAGACAAGUGCAUCCACUGUUUGUAAAUGUAUGUAA